UAAUUUUUUUCCCCAACUCCCUAAACAUGGUAAAUACUCCAUACAUAAAUGCCUAUAAAAGAUAAAAGAAACAAAAGAAGGGAAAAAAAACACAAAAUUGCACUAGUUUAGAAAGUCACAACAUGGCCAAAUAUAUUUGGUAUUGGUCAUCAGUUGUCUUUUCUCCUUCUCCCUCUACUCUUCUAAGCUCUCCUUUUCUCUUACAUCUUUACAACACCCAUUAUUAACUUCCCAGAGUACUUCCAACAAGAAAUCUCCAUGCAAAUGUUGGAGUAAAUUAAAUUCUUCCUCACAGAAACACAAACUGAAUUAUCAGGUUAAAAAGAAUUACUAGAGGAAAAAAACAAAAAGAAAAAAAAAAUGUUCAAGAAUCAACUUCAAGAAUUAGCUCAGAGAAGCUGCUUUAAUCUGCCAUCUUAUGCUUGUAGAAGAGAAGGACCAGAUCAUGCUCCAAGAUUCAAAGCUUCAGUGAAUUUUAAUGGAGAAAUAUUUGAGAGUCCAAGUUAUUCUCCUACUUUAAGACAAGCUGAGCAUGCUGCUGCUGAAGUUGCUCUCAAUAUCCUGUCUUCUAGGGGAUCUAAGUCUUUAACUGCAAGAGUUCUUGAUGAGACAGGAGUGUACAAGAACCUACUACAGGAAACAGCACACAAGGCAGGGCUAAAUUUGCCAGUAUAUACAACAAUAAGAACAGGACCAGGACAUAUUCCAACUUUUACUUGCACUGUAGAACUUGCUGGUAUGAGUUUUACUGGUGAAUCAGCCAAAACUAAGAAGCAAGCUGAGAAAAAUGCUGCCAUUGCUGCUUGGUCUUCUUUGAAAAAGAUGCCAAGUUUGUUUCCAAAAAUAGAAUCAUCAGAAGAACAUGAUCAAGUGAUUGUAACUAGAGUUUUAUCAAGUUUCAGAACACAGAAAACAGGAAAACAAAAGGAUCACUUUCAUCAUCAUAAUCAUCAUCAUCAUAGAAGAUCAAGAAAUGCAAGAUCAUGGAAAUCAUCAGAUGAUUCAGUAAAGUAUAACAUUAUACCAUGGAAACAUCCUUCUACUUCACAUCUACCAUCAUUAUUUGAUCAGGAAAAACACAAAAACAGCUUUGUUGAUCUGUUACCUCCACCACCUCCAAGAACCAUGUCAAAGAUCUUACCUUUAACUUCAAAAAACACCAUUGAAGAAGAAAACCAAGGUUAUUAUGGUAAAUUUGAAGCUCAAACUCAGUUUAGAAACUUUUAUUUGGGUACAGGACCAUCAUCAUUAAGCUGUGCUCAAAUGGGUGUUAUGGGAAAUUACAAUAGUAACCUUAAAGGAAUUGCUCCUGCUGUCCAGAUUAGGUCAGUUAUACCAGUUUGUGCAACUCCACCAUCUUCAUCUUCAUCAUUAGCCAAACCUUUGACCUUGAAGAUAACCUCUCCUAUGUCUCUAAAAGAGGGAGGAGAUUCUUCUUCUUCUGAUGUUACCAAUCUUACUACUGAACUUACCAGGUUGGAGCUCAAAGAGGAUUAGUUAGGUAGAUUAAUAGUACUAAUUAGUUAAAAGUUAGAAUAAGUAACCUUUUCUCAUAAUAGUAGUGUGUUAAAUUGACUUUCUUGCAAAUAUAAAUACAAGCACAUGUCUAAGUGUCGCACUUGGCUAUUUGUCGCGAUCAAGUAGAUCAAGUAUUUCGAUGUCUAUGUCGAAGUACCAAGUUUGUUUUUGCCCUUGGGCACUUAAGAUGUUAUCGACAUUGAAAAGUCUUGUAGCUCAGCCCUCCAUACAAGUUUUUACAUACUUUAUCUCUUUUUUAUAGUUUCAUUACUUUGACUUA